CCCGAUUCUGGUCGUGCGGGUGCAAAACUGUGUACACACAGAUAGGUUCGAAAAAUGCGAAAAAUCGAUCAUGUGUGCCAAACGAUAGUGUUAUACAACGAUAUACAUUGACUGACUCACAAUGCCCCUAAUGCUAUAAGUGAUCCCAAUAAGCCAUGCAAAGCAUGUCCUUCGCACACAAGCGGAGGGCCUCCGCGCGCGGUCUUUUAGUGGGGCAACCGAACAGCUCCGCCAACACAAUAAAUGAGGACGACUAUCACCACCAUUCUUCACCGUUUUUGUCGAUGGACGGCAGUGCCGAAACCGGCACCGAUAGGUACGCCGCAAUAAUAUCCGCCAUUGCGGCAACCGAACAGCAGGAGCUGGAGCGCUGCAACGAGCGCAACCGGUGCGUGGGACCGCCAGAUGAAAGCGCGCUCGAUCACAAGUUCGACCGGCUGUUGUCGGAAGUGCACGGUCUGCGAGAUCAAAUCGGCGAUCGGAUCGAGACGCUCAACCGACGGCUGACCCAAACCAACCGCCUCUUCCUGGCGCAUCAGGACUAUGGGCAGCGAUCGAACCGGGCCGGCGAUCUGUUGCUGAUCGGUGUGCCGACCACCGUCCAGGGCGAAGGGCUCCGCGAGUGUUACGUGCGCAUUGCCCGCCGUCUCGGAUACGCGGAAAGUGAAAUCCCGAUCGUACACAUACGCCGGCUGGAGGUGGUGGGAUCGUCCUCCUGUGCGGAUGUGAAACCGUCCCGGUACAGCAUUGCUGUGCUAGACAACAUUGCAAGGACGCGGGCUGGAAAGCAGGCACGGACCGGGUCGAUCGAACCUUCCGUCCAGCCACCGGCUGUGCAUGUGCAGUUUGUGUUUCGAAACGCGCGCAACGAGUUCUAUCGCCGGUACCAGGAGGGUGGCCGGGCAGGGACGGGACUGGCGCUGCAGGAUUUAGGCUACGGUGGUGCGGACGGCCGAGUGUACGUGAGUGAAAAUCUGACCCGCGGGAAUGUUAGCCUGAAGGCUGAAGCAAUGCGGCUGAAGCGGGACGGAAAAAUCAAGAGUGUGUUCACGGUAAAUGGACAGAUCUACGUCAAGCGUACGGUGGACCAUCGGCCGGAGCUGGUCACGAGCAGUGUCGAUCUGUUGCUGCUAGAUGAAACGAAGAUGAAAGCAAACAAAGAUUGCUAUCCGCGUGUACUGGAGCACAUCAUCAACACACAGUCACCGCAGGUACUGUGCCGAGAUUACAAGGAGAUUCUGGGCACGCUAGACAUCAUCUCCACCGAUCCAGAUGAAUCCGUACGGCUGUAUUUGGCCUGCUGGUUGCAGAAGUACUGCGCGAGCUGGUUUGACCGAGACCAGGACCAGCAGAGCAUAUUCAGCAAAGCGUUCCUGGAGAAGAUACUGCAGAUCAUCGUCCGUUACCUAACAGACGAACCGAAUGUUCGUGCAUCGACAUUCGAAUCGCUGACGUAUCUGAUCGAGAAAGGCUACCUGGACCGGGCGACCACGAUCAAGCUGAACAUCGUCGAGGAGCUGGUCAGCAAGCCGAUCAACGAGCAGUUUAUGGACAUGUGUACCAACUACAUCCAUCUGAUGGUGAAGAUUGCCCCGCUGGUGGGAUGCGCCAAGACGCACGAGCUCCUGUACACCCGGUUCGUGAAAAUGUGUACCUGCAAGAUCAACUUCGUCCGCAAGGAGUGUGCCACCGCCUUUCCGGUGAUGUGCGAAGUCCUGGGCAACGAGGUGUUCGAGAAAAAUUUGCUGCCAAUAUUCAUGAAGCUGUGCGAGGACGAAAUCUGGACCGUGCGCAAGGCGUGCGCCGAGGUGAUGCCGUUCAUAGCGCUGCUCUGUACGCUCGAGAAGCGGCGCAAGGUGCUGGUGCCGGCGUACAAGAAAUUCAUGUUCGACACAAGCCUGUGGGUGAUCAAGGCGGCGCUAAAGAAUCUGGGCCGAUUUUUGGCAACGUUCGCGCAGCUGCAAAUACUCGGCCUCGCGUACAACAGCAGCCUCGAGCUGUCGAUAACGAACGCGGCCGACGAAGCGUUCCAGGAGCUGAUGGGCAAUGCGCGACAACUCGCAACCGGCAGUCAGCAGCCGGCGGCGAGUGUGCUGCUGAAAAACUACGAAUCGUACGAGCAACGGUUCAAGGACUCAAUCCAACGGCACGCUCUCCUCUCGCUCGUCAAGUCGGCGGACGAUGAAAGCCCGGCUUCGUGGAAGGCGACCUCCCCGCGCUCGGAAGAUUGCAUCAACGUGGCGGCCUACCUGGCCUCGGUAGUUUUCGUGGAGGAGCAUCUGUCCCAGCGGCAGUCGACGGGCUCGACGUCGGACGAUGGCGGUGGUGGCAUUUCGAAGCUUACCGACCUGUUCUUCGUCCGCCACAAGUCGCUGUCCUCGAGCUCGUCGAUCGCGUCCACGUCGCCGACACCGUCCCCGCUGUACCGGGCCAACCAGAGCUACGACGAGAAGAACCCGCUCAACCGCUUCAUGCGCUACUGCUCCCCGCUCAAGAACAACUUCGAGCACGCGUUCGCCAACCCGUCCGGGAGCGAUGGGGGCGACCAGGGCGGUGGUAGCGAUGCGUUCGAUAACCACGGCCACUGGGACUCGGAGGACGACAACUUCGGGUCGAACCAUCUGCCGGACCUGAGUCUGGCCGGGGUGGACGUUGAGGCGGGCGAGGGCGGCGGUAGUGGCGUGAUUUACGACAGCGAUAACCCAAAGCAUCAGCAGGCGGACGGCGGUGGUGGCGGAGCGGGCGGGUUGGACUUUAUCAUGGAGGCGGGUGCGGAGGAGGACGAGAAUGCUAUCGACGAGUGCUUCAACUCGCACCAGUUCUGGUACAUCAGCCCGGGGCUGGCGCUGGAUCUGGAGUUCAUUGACAAGGAGGAAACGGGCACGGCCGGCGAUGAGGCGUCCGAUGCGAGCAACAACAACGUUCGGGAGCGCAACGAGCGGCGCAGCAGCAGGGUGGUGGAGGCGAAGGCGGCGCCACUCGCAGCGGCAACGGCGACCGAUGACAGCAAGAACAAUAAUUUGACCCAGCAGCAAGCCGGCGGCGGCAGCACUGGCAGCGGUAACACUGAGUCGUCGCCAACGGCUGCCACUGGCGGCGAGACGGGCCCGUCCUCUGCCGCCAUGGUAGUGGAGGAUAACGAGAACCAAAAUGACAGUGACUCGAGCUACGGCAGCAUCAACAACAACGAGACCGACAACAACAAGCUGAUCUACAUGUACGAGGAUCUGCUGCCGUCCCAAUCUCAAUCGUCGGCGGCAGCAGCAGCAGCGGCCAACAGCAGCAAUAACAAUGCCGGCCCCGGCACCGCGGCAGGAGCAGCAUCGGGUGGGGCGGGCAGUAGCAGCAGCACCGUGACGCCCACCAUGACGACGGUGGAACGGAUCCGGGCGGCCGAGCAGCUCAAGACGCUGAUCCGCUGGGAGAAUGAGGAGGUCGAGUGGAACCUGCUGGAGGACUUCCUGCACAUGAAGAACGUCAACAUGGAGCUGUGCCAGGACUGUGCGUACAACUUCCCGGCCGUGGUGCUCACCUUCGGCGAAAAGUUUUGGCCCAUCCUUAGCCGCUACUUCUUCGACCUGUGCGGGGACGUGCAGGACUCGGUGCGGCGCACGAUGGCCGCCUCGAUCAGCAAGAUCGCGCUCAUCAUCGGGCGGGAGCAGGCUACGCGCGACCUGGUGCCGUCGUACACCGAGUUCCUGCUCGAUUCGGACGACAUCAAGUUCGAGGUGGUGCGCACGCUGGCCGAGUUUCUGCGCGUGAUCGAUGCGUGCGAGCACGAAACGCUGAUGAACCAUCUCGGCAUGUGUCUGCAGCCGCCGCUCAGCAUGAUGAACUGGCGCUUCCGCGAGCUGGUCGGGCAGCAGAUCAUGGAGCUGGCCCGGAUGCAUACCGCCAUCCGGAAGGAGAACUGUCUGCUCUUCCUGACCGGGCUGUCAAUGCGGCUCAUGCUGGACAAGUACGACAGCGUCCGGAAGGCUGGCAUCGAUGCGUUUGUCGAAUGCAGCCACGAGUUCCAGCAAAAUGACAAGGUGUUCGAGUUUUUCAAUAAGCACUUUGCCUCCUACAGCAACUGGCGUCGCCGUCAGACGUAUGUGAUAGCGGCUGGAAAAAUGCUCGAGACUGAUCGCGUCGAAGUAAAAAUCUUCCGCAAACAUGUGUUCAACAAUGUACUCAAAUUGGCCGACGACGCGGUGCCGAACGUUAGAAUACAAGUCGCCAAGUGCCUCAAGGAAAUUAUUGCUCCCCAUCCCAACUUUGCGAACGAUCCGCAGGUCGAACCGACGCUGCAAAAGCUGCGCACCGAUAAAGAUUGCGACGUGCGGGGCCACAUAGACGGCUACCGGAGCCUGGAGGAGGAGAUGGCGGCCGGCGGUGGGUGCGGUGGUUCGGGCGCUUCCAACGCCAGCACAAUGAUGAUGACCUCGGGCGACAGUGAAUCGCACCACGAGUCGUCGUCGUCGUCGUCACCAUCGCCGUCGCCGUCCCCUUCGGCGGCCCGUUCGCUGACCAAUUCGUCCGUUUCUUUGCGCCUGUCGUACGCGGAGGCCACGAGUGGCUUUUCCUCGCUGAUGCUGGACGAUCAGCAGUUCUAUUCCGGUGAGCAGCAGCAGCAUCAGCGUCAUCAGCGACAGCAACAGGCCGACGAGGAACGCGAGCUGAAAGAUGGGGAAGGAGAGGAGGUGCAGCUUGCUGCUGCUGGCGGCAUCGGUGCGUGCUCGUCCGAGCGUGGUGUCGAUGUAGCGAAUGUGGAAAUGCAUGGCGGAGCAGGAGCGGGGAUGGUAGAGCGAAACAACGACCACGACAACGACGAGGACGACGAGUGUGGCGAGGAGGCGAUCGAGCAACCGACCUCUUCCAUGUCGACCGACGACGAUGCGGCCUACUGCUCCGAGAUGGAAACGUCCUCGGCCGUCUCCACACCGUCGGCCGCACCGGCCGCGACACUGGCGACCAUUCCAUCGCAGAAUGUACCAUUAGCGAGCGGCAGUAACAGCAGCAGCAGCAGCAGCAGUCAGGUCGUGCCAUCGUCCAACAGCAUCGCAGACGACCUGUCCUCGGAUCUUGUGAACGGCGAGAGCGUACCGACGACGCCUCCCUCCCCCACCACUGCUGGCACUGGUGGCAGUGCAGCGCCGAAGAAGGGCGCCGACAGCAACGGUGGCAACAGCAGCAGCAAUAGCACACCCAAGAUGCGCGAUAACUUCUUCAAGCGACGCUCCAAAGGCAAGAAGUAACUCGCUUUUUGCGGGCACGGGCCUGAAGAAUGCUUGGGAGCGCGCUUGCACCCGUACCCAGCACCGUUUGGUCGAAACGCCGCCCUCCCGCCAGCCAGCCAGCCAGCCUUCCCCCCACACAAACCAGCUAUUAAUACUUAGUUGCUGCAGAGCGUAAUGAUAAGUGCGCUGGAGGGAGGAUGAGGGCCGCGCACAGAGGACGACUGCUGCGGAUUUUUAGGCCGAUUGUUAAUACUAUUAAUACUACUACUACUACUCUUAAUACUACUACAAAAACAAAAAACCCGCUGUCAUUACUUCCUCUUACAACAAGAAAAAAAGCAAAGAUCAAGCUUCUGGUGUAUUAGCAAUUUAUGAGUUUUUGUUUUAAUUGAAUAUAGAGCGAACAAUUCUUCCUCGCGUUCCCCCGAUUGACCACCGAUAGGAAAUGGGAUGAAAAAAACAAACAAACAAACAGAAAACCAUACAAAAGUGUGUAGGCAUCGAUUCCCAGCUAAACGCGCGCACUCACACGCAUGCAUACACGUGCACGGUAGCGUUCAAAUUCGAUUACACCUCCGUUUAGUAGUAGGAUACGAUCGCACGUGACGUGCCGCGCACACAGAGAGGUUAGGUUUUGUUAAUUUGCUGUGUGCUACUACUGUUUCAUCUUGCUCUUACUUUUUAAACUAUUACAACUGCACCAGUGUGUACAUUACCUGUGCGCGCGUGUGUGUGUGUGUUCGCGGCUAUUUCGUUUAAUUUAGCAUAAAUGUAUCCCUAUUAUUGAACCACACGACGAACCUGCUAAGAAAAGGGAUGCGGCGCAACACAUUGUGAGCAGGCGCGAGAGGAAAAUACAAAGAAUCGUUCAACCUUUUUUCCCCCAAUCCACCGUUUGUUGUCUUUUUUUUUAAUUGUUUUAAAGUAAUUUGCAGCAAAGAGUAAAGAAAAGGCGUGUAGAGUGUAGAGCACGGAACGAUCAUCGUGGACCGCCGGUCAAUAGUUUCGUGAAGCAAAGAGGGCAAAGAGUUGUUAAAUAAUAUCUUAUCAGACACACACAAACACACACAUAGAAACCGGUGUUUCUGUUAUAUCUUUCCAGUAUAAAAUUCUAGUAGCGAAACAGACCGGAACUCAGGCGAAAAAAGCAAAAGCGGCAACACGAUUGAGAGGAAAAAUGGAUAUGAUAGAGGAACAUGCAAAGAAGAUGGGCAGAAGUAGAAUAUGCACACACACACACACACACACACAUGAUAUAGGGCAAGAUAAGGAAAAGGAAAGGAAACGAUGUUUUUUUGGGAUCGAUCGACUGCGAUGUGUAAAGGAGGAAGAGGAAGAAGAAGCGCGAUGUGAUUAAAAACAAACGAAGGAUAAUGAAAAGAGAGAUUGAUGAGAUGUAAAAUCGA